AUGCAAAUAUCCUCAUGGAGUUUGGGAGUGCACUUCCCUGUGGGCCAGCAAGAUGGCGUUGGGCGGUGGACCGGUUCCCGCCCCACAAACAUCGGCAAGGCUGGACGCGUCACCCUACAUUCUGCUCAUCUGAGUAGAAACCAAAAAGCAGCUUUAAUUAGAACUGCAGUUUCAGCGCUUUUGGCCCUCGUUCUUGUAGCCUAUUUCUGUCGGUCUCCAGAAGGGCUGUGGAGGUCGAAAGCCGCAGACAUUCGCCGGCUGGCUAGCAGUGAUGAAGACGAAGUGUGCGACGGUUUGCUUGAGCUAAUAGAAUCGGCUAGUGGAGGAGAGAGUGGGGCAUCUUCGAGCCCCAAGGAACUUUCCCAGAGCGCCAGCGUUGCCGAGGGAGCAGGCUCUAGAAAGAGGGCACAUAGCACGGAUAGCCAAGAUGAGGAGGUGGAGAAAGCAAAGAGGCCUUUAGUUGAGGGGGACCUGCUGAGUAUGACCGCAAAUAUGCAGGACAAGGUUGAUUCCCGACAAAAUUCUCCUCCCGAGGUGUCUCCUGCCCAACAGCAGGCUGUCUCCAGUCGGGAUCUGGGGUUCAGUGCAGGCUUUAAAGGAAGUGAUGAAGCUAACACAUCAUCAGCCAACGAAGAAUUCUUAACCUCCUGGGAGGGUGAGGACAUGGGUGGCAGCAGUUUGCUCGAAGAAUUUUUUGCAGACGACGAUCCGUUUGAGCAGUCGUUUCUCGAUUUCGUCUUUGAUCCAGACUUAACUUCAUCGUCAGGAGACGACGUAGACAAGUUGGAAGAUGCGCAGGGGACCCCUGGUGAUACGAGAGAUAACGCGGCACAACAGGUAACUAGCAGUAGCAGUCCAACCUCCAAAGGUCAGAGUUCGGCUGCUCCCGGCAGUGGAGCCGAUGACGUUCAGCCGGCGGUUUUGGAGAGCCAAGGUCUUCAGGGACACCAGAAGCCGUCCGGAGUGUCUACAGAGCUAUCAACCAGUUCGGCUUCAACGAAAGGAAGCCAAGGUUUCGUGUUAGUUCAGAAUAUUCCAGUUUUCAAACGGACUCAUUCGGAGGCCCCACUAUUUGUUUACUCUUCGCAGCCUCACGACGCUGUGCACGAUCAGCAGACUUCCACAGAUCUAUCGCCUCCGUCAACGAGUCAGUUGGAGGCGCCGGGGCCCUCGCAGUGUCAGGCCAUCGUGUAUACCCCUCGAACCAACACCCCGAAAACACUGGCGUCCAUUAGGCAAUUGCUGGUCAAAGAACAGCUCACGGCUGACGAACUUCAGUCAUUGAUAGAUUUGGCCGCGAAGGUGGUUAAAAAUGUAUACAAUAUGGGCAAGUUUAGGAAGGGGCUUGUCCCUCUAAGGGAAGUGCGAGAGCACGUCAUGCGUCGAUUUAUCAUAGCGGAUGCACUAUGGGGCAUUUGUGAAGUGGUUGGUCCGUCAAUGCGGAAGGAAGAGUGGUGGAAGCAAGUUAUGGAAAAGCUCUUGCUAUUCCCUAGUGCGAGUGUAACCUCUGGACAUAUGCAAACAGGCCGUUUUCAAGUCGUUCGCCGGUUUGUCGCUGCGCUGCAAAUGUAUCGGGAGGGACGUCGUCCUGCGCCACGAGAGGUAAUUGAGCUGAAGCGAGAGGUAUUUUGCUCUCCGGAAGCCCCGCCUCCGUUCCGCUCACGUGAAUAUGACAUAUUUAGAGACGACGAUACUCAAGAAGAAGUCUAA